AUGGUCCCAUAUCCAUAUCAGGAAUACUACGGCUGUGCUUACGGCAACGAAGCCUACACAUGGUGCGAGGUCGAUCCGGGCUCAUGCCCUGAAGAAGCACGGGAUCCUCUCGGCAUUCGACCUGCGUGGGAUUAUUGCGUCAAUGACAACUUUGACAUCGAUUGGCAUCCAAAACACGUUGCAGACAAAGGUGUCCUGUCCGAACUGACAGGUUUGUACAUAGCUGCUGCAUUCAUCCUCGCUGCGGCCGCCCCGGCGAGCAUUACCCAUUUUGUGUCUCCAGCCCAACAACAUAGCAAGUGGAAAUCCCCCUUUUAA